AUGAGAAAGAGUGAACAUGACACAUCGGUGGUGUGUCCUUGCGGAAAGGUAUGCAAGAACCAGCGAGGGAUGAAGAUCCAUCAAUCACGGAGUGGCUGUCAGUCUCGGGGAGGACAGAUGCAACGCUCAGGGCAACCUGGUCAGACGGGGGAGACAACUAGUCGGGGUUCCAACCACAGUGCUAGCAGUGUCCCAGCACCUGUACUUUCAUUGACUGAAGGCAGUUCUUUGGGAGGUGAAUCAUCAUUGCUUGAUGACCUUUCGAGUCCAUCGCUUGAGGACCUGACAACAGCACUGACUGAGGAAGAGGAAGACACCCCAUUAGAAGGCUCGCCUAUAUUUGGGUCUGCACAACUGGAAGACUCCCCUAUUUUUAGCCCUAUAAACAGGCACAGAGAGUUGCAAGGCCAAGAAAGCCCAGGAAGUUCAUUUUCCUUUCCCCAGUCAUGGGCUAGUCAACCUGUCCGCGAAGACACAAAACUGAGCCAGAAGCAACAACAUCCUGCUAGUACAGAGAGAAGACAAAAGAUUGCUUGGCCCAAGAUGAAUGACAGUAGAUGGGCGACCUAUGAUAACGACUUAGAUGUUAUCCUGCAAACAGCACUUUCAGGCAGCGUAGAAAGAAAACUCCAAGCCUUACCUUCAAUUGCCUAUGCUGUUGGUAAAGAAAGAUUUGGAAUAGAAAAACCAACAUCCGUUGCAAAGUCCAGACCCAGACAGAAUAGACGAGUUGUUGAAAUCAAGAAGCUGAGAGCUGAACUACGAGCUUUACGCAAACGAUUCGUGCAGUCAGAGGUGUCUGAGAGGGAAGGCUUGUCAAAACUACGUGGAGAGAUUAGAGAAAGAUUGAAGACACUGACAGCAGCAGAAAGAAUAAAAAAGAAGAGAAGAAACAGAGCUAAGAAGAGAGCAAAAUUCAUCUCCAACCCAUACAAGUUCUCUAGGGAACUUUUGGGAGAAGAGAAAUCCGGCUCACUAGAGUCCAGCCAGGAAGAGGUAGAACACUUCCUCACAGAAACCCACUCCGAUCCUCAACGAGAUCAGCCACUUGGGGACUGUGACAACAUACUUCCUGAAAAAGAACCACUUCUACCUCUCGACAUGAAAGAACCAUCGUUUGCCGAGAUAAGAGACAUUGUAAUGAAGGCACGCUCUUGUUCUGCUCCUGGUCCAAGUGGCAUCCCUUAUAAGGUGUACAAGAAAUGCCCCAAACUUCUGAAACGGCUAUCUGUUCUCCUUCGAGUUAUUUGGAAGAAAGGAAAAGUGCCUGAGUGUUGGAAACAAGCCGAAGGUUGCUUCAUCCCAAAAGAGAAGAACUCCAAGACAAUCAAGCAGUUCAGAACCAUCUCCCUCUUAAGUGUAGAAGGAAAGAUCUUCUUUUCUGUUUUGGCUAGAAGACUGACAACAUACAUAACUACCAACAAGUAUGUCGACAUCUCAGUGCAGAAAGGCGGAAUCCCUGGUCUAUCAGGAUGCGUAGAACAUACAAGCGCACUAACGCAACUCCUGCAUGAAGCAAGAAUCAAUCAUAGAGAUUUGACUGUGGUGUGGCUUGACUUAGCAAACGCAUAUGGUUCAAUACCCCAUGAGCUGAUCAAGAAGUCAUUAGAACACUACCAUAUUCCUGACCAUGCAAGAAGCCUCAUCAUGAACUACUUUGACAACAUUCAUCUGAGGUUCUCAUGUAGUAGGUUCACCACUAACUGGUUGCAACUACAGAAGGGAAUUGUCACAGGCUGUACGAUCUCCGUCAUACUAUUUGUAAUGGGUAUGAAUAUGAUCCUCAAGGCAGCUGAAAGGGAGACAAGAGGACCCAAGACAAGUAGUGGCAUCAGGCUUCCAUCAAAUCGAGGCUUCAUGGAUGACAUGACCGUGACAACAGAGAGCCACAUUCAGACCAGAUGGAUCCUUAAGGCACUUGACAAGACAAUAACAUGGGCUAGAAUGCAAUUCAAGCCAGCAAAGUCGAGAUGUCUGAUCGUAAAGAAGGGAAAAGUGAUGGACAAGUUUAAAUUGUUUAUACAGGAUGAAGAAAUCCCAGCACUUGCCAAUAAUCCAAUAAAGUGCUUAGGGAAGUGGUUUGAUUCCUCCAUGACAGACAAAGACAGUAAAAACAGACUCCACCAGCAGGUUCAUGAUGGCUUACGUAGAAUUGACAAGUGUGAGCUUCAAGGAAAGUUCAAGGCGUGGAUAUACCAGCACAGUUUCCUGCCAAGACUUGUCUGGCCAUUGAUGGUGUACGAGUUACCACUUACUACUGUUGAGAAAUUGGAACAAGCCAUCAGCAAACAUCUGAGAAGAUGGUUGGGACUACCCCCUUCCUUCACAAGUAUUGGUUUAUACGGACACUCGAACAAACUCCAGUUACCAAUUAACUCCCUUGUAGAAGAGUUUAAGGUCGCAAAAGCUCGUCUAUUGCUCACACUGCGAGACUCCAAAGAUAACAAGAUCAGUGGUGCAGGCAUAGACAUCCGAACUGGUAGAAAGUGGUCAGUAAGCCAUGAAGUUGAAAGGGCUGAAAGUAGUCUCAAACACCAAGACAUUGUUGGCUCUACGAACAGAGGAAGAGAAGGUCUAGGUACAAGAAGCCAUCAAAGUUGGGCGGACGCUAACCUUCAAGAGAGAAGAUCUAUGGUACAGUCAGAGAUUAGACGGUCUGAGGAGCAAGAAAGGUCAGCAAAGGCAGUUCAGUUUGGUAGUCAAGGCAACUGGACAAAAUGGACAGUACCAGAGAGGAAACUCACUUGGAACGAGUUGUGGACUUACGAACCACUCCAGCUAAGCUUUCUCCUACGUUCAGUAUAUGACAUGCUCCCAACGCCAACAAAUUUGUACCAGUGGAAGAUGACAGAAGACCAAACCUGUCCACUUUGUGAGAAGAAAGGGUCGUUGCGCCAUAUUCUAUCAGGCUGCCCUACCGCUUUGUCUCAGGGGCGGUACAGAUGGCGGCAUGACAAGGUCCUCGGCGAAUUGGCACAUGUCCUUGAAAAGGAAAGAAGGAAAGUUAAACCUCUGAUUCCAAAAAGCCAUUUAAUCAACUUUGUUAGAGAAGGAGAGAAGAAACCUGUGUCCACAGUAGAGAGAGGUAUCUUGCAGAACUCUAAAAGCUGGGACCUGCGGGCAGAUCUAGGAAAGAAGUUACAAUUUCCUGAAGAAAUCGCCCACACAACUCUCAGACCUGACAUCGUUAUUUGGUCCAGAAAUCCAAAGACAGUAAUUAUGGUGGAGUUAACAGUGCCUUGGGAAGAGAGAGUUGAAGAGUCGAAUGAGUUAAAGAGGGAAAAGUACGAAGAGCUAGCCAACACAUGCAGAGGGAACGGUUGGAAAACAUGGGUCUUCCCUGUAGAAGUAGGAUGCCGCGGCUUCCCAUCCAGUUCAGUGUGGAGAAUGCUUGGGGCAUUGGGCAUCAAAGGAGCAACAAGAAAGACAUCAGUCCAUGUCCUCAGCAAAGCUGCUGAGAGAGCCUCAUGUUGGCUUUGGCUACAGCGUAGCAAUACAUGCUGGAAGCCAACACAGACCGGGUAG